AUGUCUGCUACGGAAAAACCUACCGAAAACCACGAUGAAUUAUUCGAACAAUCUAAUGCCAGUUCCCAAUCCAGUGUCAACAAAAAGAGGGAUACUUCCGAAAUGGAAUCCAUGAAUUCAGAAGUUGAAAGAGAACAAGGUGAACGUGGAAAUGUUUUAUCUCAAUAUACCGAAGAACAAGUUAUUCUGAUGGGUAGAAACUACGCUACUAAACAUGAAUUAGACCCAGAAUUGUUUGGUAGAGCUGCUGCCUUGGCCAGAUCUCCUGGUGCUUUCAAUUCUAUGCCAUUUAUCACCGAAGAAGAAAAACAAGGGUUAUACCUUGAAGCUACCAAGAAAUGGCACAUUCCUUUUGAACUUUGGAAAGUUAUCGCUGUUGGUGCCAUGGCCGCUGCCGUCCAAGGUAUGGAUGAAUCUGUUAUUUCUGGUGCCACUUUAUUCUAUCCAAAAGCCUUUGGAGUCGACAAAAUGAAGAAUGCCGAUUUGCUUGAAGGUUUGGUCAAUGGUGCUCCAUACUUGUGUGCUUCCUGUAUCGCGUGCUGGACAUCCGAUUUAUGGAACAGAAACUUGGGAAGAAAAUGGACUAUUUUCUGGACCUGUUUGAUCUCUGCUGUGACUUGUGUUUGGCAAGGUUUUGUUAAUAACUGGUGGCAUUUGUUCAUUGCCAGAUUCAUGCUUGGAUUUGGUAUUGGUGUCAAAUCAGCUACUGUUCCUGCUUAUGCUGCUGAAUGUACCCCAAAACACGUCAGAGGUGCUUUGGUUAUGUUGUGGCAAUUCUUUACUGCUGUUGGUAUUAUGUUUGGUUAUGUUGCUUGUUUGGCUUUCUAUCAUGUUCCUAAAAAGAGUUUUGGUACCGGUUUGAACUGGAGAUUGAUGCUUGGUUCUGCCUGUAUUCCUGCUUUUAUUGUUUUGUUGCAAGUUCCUUAUGUUCCUGAAUCUCCUCGUUGGUUGCAAGGUAAAGGAAGACACAGAGAAGCCUUUGAAUCAUUGAAGAGAUUACGUUUCGAAGAAAUUGCUGCUGCCCGUGAUUGUUUCUACCAAUACGUCUUGUUACAAGAAGAAGGUUCUUAUGAUAUCCCAACCUGGAAGAGAGCUAUUCAAAUGUUUACCAUUAGAAGAAACAGAAAUGGUGCUAUUGCUGCCUGGAUUGUUAUGUUUAUGCAACAAUUCUGUGGUAUUAAUGUUAUUGCCUACUAUGCUUCAUCCAUUUUCAUUCAAGCUAAAUACAGUGAAGUUAGUGCUUUGUUGGCCUCCUGGGGUUUUGGUAUGAUUAAUUUCACCUUUGCCCUUCCUGCUUUCUUGACAAUUGAUAAAUUUGGUCGUAGAAACUUGUUGUUGUUUGCUUUCCCUUGGAUGUGUGCCUUCUUGUUGAUUGCCGGUUUUGGGUUCUUGAUUCAUGACAGACAAGGUAGAUUGGCUAUGGUUACAACUGGUGUGUAUCUUUUCUCUGCUGUCUAUUCCAGUUCCGAAGGUCCAGUUCCAUUCACAUACUCUGCUGAAGCUUUCCCAUUGUAUAUCCGUGACUUGGGUAUGAGUUGGGCUACUGCUACCUGUUGGUUCUUUAACUUUAUUUUGGCAUUCACCUGGCCAAGAUUGCAAAAUGCCAUGACUUCUACUGGUGCCUUUGGUUUCUAUGCUGCUUGGAAUGCUGUUGGUUUCUUCUUGGUAUUGUGGUUCUUACCAGAAACUAAAGGUUUGACUUUAGAAGAAUUGGACGAUGUGUUUGCCGUUCCAAUGUAUGACCACGCUCUUUACCGUACUAGAGAAUUCUGGAACAAUGUUCAAAAAUACGCCUUGCGUCGUAACGUUCGUCCAUUGCCACCAUUAUACGAACACCAAAGAAUGGCUGUCACCAACCCAGAAUGGAAUGAAAAGGCUGAAGUUUCCCACAUCGAAUAA